GACAGUUCAGUGCACAAUGUACAGUGAACGUUCUGAACUUGGUGCGCCCACCGGGAAUGUUCCAUCGUUUUUUGUAACAAAACAACAGAUAUUUGCUCGGGUCCAAUAUUUGAGACCGCUGAAGCGCGACACUCACACCAUCUCGCGAGAGGCAAGAUAUUUUUUGUUUGCGCAUAGCCCUCGUCGUCAUCUUUGAGCGAAGAAGAAAUAGGAGGUUGGUGGCCGCUCCGGGGGAGCCCGGGUCCACGGAACGACGAGAGUUUGGGGAUCGGCAGACACAGACACGACCAAACGGCCGGUUCGGUUCUCGCGUGUACGGACAACGAUCGAACGACGGGUCGCGUUCACAGAAACACAGCAACCGACGCUUGUUAUAUCUCGCCGGGCACGCCAUCAACCGGCGUCAGUAUUGCUGAACUCUUCGCCGGUUGAGGAUCGUAGCAACUUGCUUCGUGCGCCAGUUUUGCCUACCGUGUUAACUUUGUGUUGUACGUUUUUUUCCCGCAUCUGUGUGAUUCAUCUAAAACGAAAGCUAUGGAUUUCUACUACCUUCCCGGAUCUGCCCCGUGCCGUGCCGUCCAGAUGACGGCGGCCGCCGUUGGCGUCGACCUGAACCUGAAGCUCACCAACCUGAUGGCGGGCGAGCACAUGAAGCCGGAAUUCCUGAAGAUUAACCCCCAGCACACCAUACCGACGCUGGUCGAAAAGGAUGGCUUUGCUCUCUGGGAAUCGCGUGCUAUACAGAUCUAUCUGGUGGAAAAGUACUGCCCCGAUGCCACCGUUCGGGAGGCCCUCUACCCGUCCGACCCGAGACGCCGUGCCAUUGUCCACCAGCGACUCUUCUUCGAUGUGGCCGUCCUCUACCAGCGGUUUGCCGAGUACUACUAUCCGCAGAUAUUUGGCCAGAAACUACCGGCCGAUCCUGCUCGCCUCCGCUCGAUGGAACAAGCGCUCGAGUUUCUCAACACGUUUCUCGAGGGCGAGCAGUUCGUGGCCGGUGGCGACAAGCCGACGAUCGCGGAUUUCAGCAUUCUCGCCUCGAUCGCAACGUUCGAGGUGGCCGGAUAUGAUCUGGCCCGCUUUGAAAACAUCUACCGGUGGUACGAGCAGACGAAAAAGAUUACCCCUGCAGCCGAUAAGAACGCCGAGGGGGCCAAAAUCUUUGGGCUGUACUUUACGAAGAAAUAG